UCAACAUGGUGGUGCAACUUGUGGGUUCCCUUCGAAAAGAGUUGGCCGACUCCCUCUCUAAGUCCAAGGUUUUGGUGGUGGGAGCAGGAGGUAUCGGCUGUGAGCUGCUUAAGAACCUCGUUCUCACAGGCUUCCAAAACAUCGAAGUGAUUGACUUGGACACAAUUGAUGUCAGCAAUUUGAAUCGGCAGUUCCUCUUUCAGAAAAAGCAUGUUGGCAAGUCUAAAGCACAGGUCGCCAAAGAGAGUGCCUUGCAGUUUUGCCCCUCUGCAAACAUCACUGCCUACCAUGACAGCAUCAUGAAUCCUGAUUACAACGUUGAGUUCUUCAAAAAUUUCAUUCUGGUGAUGAAUGCUCUGGAUAACCGAGCUGCCCGCAACCAUGUGAACAGGAUGUGUUUGGCAGCCGACAUUCCUCUCAUUGAGAGUGGCACAGCAGGAUACCUUGGACAGGUCACGGUAAUCAAGAAGGGAAUGACCGAGUGCUAUGAGUGCCAGCCUAAACCUGCUCAGAAGACCUUCCCAGGGUGCACUAUAAGAAACACACCAUCUGAGCCCAUUCACUGCAUUGUCUGGGCAAAGUAUCUCUUCAACCAGCUAUUUGGAGAAGAGGACGCUGAUCAAGAUGUCUCACCUGAUACUGCGGAUCCAGAGGCUUCAUGGAACCCUGAAGAAACUGCAGCUCGCGCUACAGCCGCAGAAAAGGAUGGAGAUGUCAAGCGUGUUUCUACCAAGCAGUGGGCCCGCGGCAACAAAUAUGAUGCCAUCAAACUCUUCAAUAAGCUUUUCAAAGAUGACAUCAUGUACCUAUUAACUAUGGAUAAACUGUGGAAAAAAAGGAAAGCUCCUACACCACUGGACUGGCAGCAACUGGAGAAAACUGGAUACCCUAAGGAAGAAUCCUCCGGUUCAGGUUUAAAGGACCAGCAGGUUCUUGGUAUUUGGGGCUACUGCAAACUAUUUCAGGAAAGCGUGGAGACCCUCCACUCAUUGUUAGAAGAGAAAGGAGAUGGUGCAGAGCUCGUUUGGGAUAAGGAUGACCCUCCUGCCAUGGACUUUGUCACAGCAGCAGCUAACCUCCGAAUGUACAUCUUCAGCAUGAACAUGAAAAGUCGCUUUGACGUCAAGUCGAUGGCAGGUAACAUAAUCCCAGCUAUUGCGACAACCAAUGCUGUCAUCGCUGGACUCAUUGUGUUGGAGGGGCUCAAGAUUCUGGCAGGGGAACUGGAAUCCUGCCGCACGAUCUUCUUGAAUAAGUGUCCUAACCUCAGGAAGAAGCUGCUAGUUCCUUGUAUCCUAGACCCGCCUGGCCCCAACUGUUACGUGUGUGCCAGCAAGCCUGAAGUCACAGUCAAAAUCAAUGUCCACAAGACAAUGGUCCUCUCUCUGCAAGACAAGAUCUUAAAGGAGCGGUUUGGCAUGGUUGCUCCAGAUGUUCAGAUAGAAGAUGGAAAAGGGACAAUCCUAAUCUCCUCAGAGGAAGGAGAGACUGAAGCCAACAACAGCAAGUUUCUUUCUGAUUUUGGGAUCCGUAAUGGGAGUCGACUCCAAGCUGAUGACUUUCUCCAAGACUACACACUCCUUAUUAACGUCUUGCAUGCUGAAGAUCUAGAGAGGGAUGUAGAAUUUGAAGUGGUUGGUGAAGCUCCAGACAAAGCACCGCCACCCCAAAGCAACCAGGAAGAACUUAGCAUCACAAAUGGCAACAAGGACUCUGCCCAGCCAUCUACCUCCUCUAAAGUCCCGGCAGAUGAUGAUGACCUAAUGGUUGUGGACUCUGAUGACGAUGCGGAGGCGUCGUCCAGCUCUGCAACAGUCACAAGCACCACCAAGAGGAAGCUUUCAGAUGGAGAAAUUGGCGAGACCUCUACCAAGCGUCCGCGGACACAUAAGUCAAGUGCAGCAGUUGUCACUGAAGAUGACAAUGAUGACAUCAUCGCUUUGGACUAAAUACCUCUAGUUUCCUGGAGGAUCACAAACUCUUUGAAAUAUUGCCAAUUUUUGUUAAAACACAGACGGUAGACUUAAACACCUUUUGGAAGAACAAUUCAUGGCUUGUAAUUCAUGGCUUGUAUUUUUUUUGUCCUUCCCCCAGCCAGUUUUCAUACUUCUACUAUUGUCAGAUUCUGUAAAUACAGUCAGCAUUUUAAAAUAUUCAUCUUUUUCUUUGGUAAUUUCUAGUAACUAUGAAACAAAUCUGUUGAUGCUAUUAAAAAAAAAAAAAGAAGUGCUUUUUGUAUUUUUAAGAUGUUUAAUGGUAUUCAAGUCAGGGGUUUUGUGCUUUGUCAGUACAGUGUAUACAAAAGAAAAACAGUUUGAACCAAAUCAUUUUCUUUGUAAUAUUUAAAUGAUUUGAUGGAUGGAAAAAAAGACUGGCGGUUACCUGCUUCUUGGUGCUGUUCAUUUCCGGAGCUAAAAGAUCAGCAUCAAAUCUGGCCUCCGUUGCCACGGCACCAAGAAGCACUUAAGCAGUUGGUGCCAUUAGGCGACGUGCGCUACCUCUUCUGUCCUUUUAAUUUUGUUCAGCUGCAGUGAAACUGAUAUCAUCCACAAGGCUGACAGGUCUUUGGUAAUCUAACAACUGAAAUAUUACCAACAGUGUGUUAGAGUUACCACUGGGGUCUGAGUAUGGCCUCUGGUGCUACAUGGAAUCUGGUUGUCAAAAAGUCAAACUUGUUCAAAAGGUUAAAAUAUUAAAAUUUGUUCAGAUCAUGAUGUUAAAUUCCAUUUGCUCUAAAGCAUUGCAGAUGAGUAGUCUGACCUAUAUUUUGAAAAAUGACACUUCAUUGUCACGUUUAAAGGCCUUCAAAGCCCUUUGGACCAAUAAACAUGGACAAGACAAGCAGACUUACUUUUUUUGUGUGGAUCGACUCAAAGAAUAAUGUUGAGUAGGACAAUGUCUCAUUGUUUUAAAUAUCUGUGGAAAAUGUAUUUUUAGCAGAUGAUUUAUGUCCUGGUUGAAAGUGUUCAGUAUUAACUGCUGCCUUGGCUGUCAACAGCUAGGUUUUCAAUGAUGUCACC